ACCAGCGAAGAGAUUUCCGGAAUUUGGUGCUGUUCUGAUGAAUUCGAAGCUUGGAAGUUGGAAACUCCCCAGUGGAUUUGGAAUCAGAAAAUUGGAGUUAUCUGGGGAAUCAUUUUGAAGAAAUCUGAAGAAACUAGGUUUGGAUGCCUGCAAUGUUCCUCGGUUUCAAAGUUCUCCAAGGAGUACAGAAAAAAUCUCAUAAAUCUAGGGUUUUCAUCCAUUGGUGUGCAUUUUGUAAUGGUAGAGAGCUUCCCAGAAAGCUAAGUAAUGGCGCCAGUGACCCAACUGUUCUGAAUAAAUGUACCAUAUUUGUGUCAUCGUUUUCUUCUGGUUCCUUUAAUCCCAAUUCCAACUCAAGGCAUGCUUUUUGUGCCCCAUCUGCAGAAAGUUAUGAUGUGGAAGGAAUUGAAGAGAACGACGGAAAAGGGUUUUUUGGACAAUGUGAUUUUGAUCUCAAGGAUGAUUCUGAAGAGGACGAAGUAGAUGAAGAAGAAAGUGAUGAUGGGAAUGAGUUUAGGGUUUUGGAUUUGGUUGAUGAGAAUAGGAAGAAGAAGGAAGAUCCUAAGAAGGUUGAAGAAGUUGAAGAAGAUGUAUCCAGACACCCUUUAGUUAGAGAAAUUUGUAGAUUAAUUGGGUUCCGAGCGGCAUGGAAUCCAAAGCUUGAGGGAGAGCUGAGGCACUUACUGAGAGGCCUCAAACCCCAACUAGUCUGUGCAGUUCUUCGCUCUGUGGGUGAUGAGCGUGUUGCUCUUAACUUCUUUUACUGGGGUGAUCGUCAAUGGCGUUACCGGCAUGCGCCAGAGGUAUAUUAUGCAAUGCUUGAGGUCCUCAGCAAGACUAAACUCUGCCAGGGCUCAAAGCGUGUUCUUCGACUCAUGGCUCGACGAAGGAUUGAGCGUCGGCCUGAAGCAUUUGGGUAUCUGAUGGUCUCAUACAGCCGGGCUGGCAUGUUGAGAGAUGCAAUGCGGGUCUUGAACCUGAUGCAAAAAGCAGGUUGUGAGCCUGAUUUGUCGAUCUGUAACACUGCAAUUCAUGUUCUUGUGAUGGGAAAUCAGUUGGAGAAGGCGUUUAGGUUCUUGGAUCGAAUGCAGCGUGUUGGGAUUCAGCCCAAUGUUGUGACAUACAACUGCUUGAUCAAGGGACUUUGUAAUGUUCACAAGGUUGAAGAUGCCUUGGAGCUGAUUGAUGAAAUGCCUCUGAAAGGUUGCUCUCCGGAUAAGAUUAGUUACUAUACUGUAAUGGGUUUCCUUUGUAAAGAGAAAAGGAUCAAGGAAGUGAGGGAACUGUUGGAGAAGAUGGUGAGGGAUAGCCAUUUGUUACUAGACCAGGUUACUUAUAACACUCUCAUCCACAUGCUCACAAAGCAUGGGCAUGCAGAUGAUGCUCUUGGAUUCUUGCAGGAGGCAGAAGAGAAAGGAUUUCGGAUUGAUGAGGUUGGGUAUAGUUCAAUUGUCCACUCAUUCUGUCAGGAAGGGAGGAUGGAUAGGGCAAAAGAAAUUGUGAAUGAAAUGUUCAUCAAGGGUUGCACCCCUGAUGUGGUGACAUAUACCACUGUUAUCAACGGGUUUUGUCGAUCAGGAAAGGUGGAUCAAGCUAAGAAGAUGCUCCAACAAAUGUAUAAACAUGGUUGCAAGCCAAACACGGUAUCAUACACUGCAUUGUUGAAUGGGCUCUGUAAGACUGGCAAUUCAUUAGAGGCUAGACAGAUGAUGAAGAUGAGUGAGGAGGAGUGGUGGACCCCAAAUGCCAUUACAUACAGUGUUGUGAUGCAUGGGUUUCGUAGGGAAGGGAAGUUGGUUGAGGCCUGUGACUUGGUAAGGGAGAUGGUGAGAAAAGGAUUUUUCCCAACCCCUGUUGAAAUUAAUUUAUUAAUUCGAUCUCUUUGCUACGAGAAGAAGGCAGGUGAAGCCAAGAAAUUCAUGGAGGAGUGUAUGAGUAAGGGAUGUGCUGUUAAUGUGGUAAACUUUACGAGUGUGAUUCAUGGGUUUUGUCAAGAAAAUAACUUGGAAGCUGCUCUCUCCUUGCUUGAUGACAUGUAUCUAAGUAACAAACAUCCUGAUGUGGUCACAUAUACAACAGUUAUUGAUGCACUGGGAAGGCAGGGUAGGUUUGAAGAGGCAACUGAGCUUACAAAGAAAAUGCUUCAAAAGGGCAUAGAUCCUACUCCUGUUACUUACAGGACAGUUAUCCAUUGGUACUGUAAGAAGGGUAGGGUGGAAGAUUUACUGAAGUUGUUAGAUAGAAUGCUUCUAAGGCAGGAAAUCAGAACAGCUUAUAAUCAAGUUAUUGAGAAGCUUUGUAGUUUUGGGAACCUUGAUGGGGCCUAUAAACUCUUGGGAAAGGUCUUGAGAACAGCUUCAAGAAAUGAUGCCAAUACAUGCCAUAUGCUCAUGCAGAGUUAUUUGAAAAACAGAAAUCCUUUACUGUCAUAUAAAGUCGCUUGUCGGAUGUUUGAUAGGAAUUUGAUUCCAGAUAUAAAGUUAUGCAAAGAAGUAAGUGAGAAACUGAAAUUGGAAGGAAAAUCAGAAGAAGCAAAUAAGCUUAUGAUACGGUUUGUUGAACGUGGGCGCCUGUCUCCUCAGUAUCAGUAGUAUUUGGGAAUGGGAGCUAAUGAAGAUAUACCUAUUUUUGACUUGCAA